AUGAAAGUGCCAAUCUACUGGGGGGUCGAGGCGCGAAAUCCUGUAGAGGUGGAGGCCGAGCCGGCAGCAGGACCUGAGAGAGAGCACUCCAGGGAGCCUGCUCGACAAGCUGGCAGGCUCCAGGCAAAGCACAUCCAGCCAGCAGCUGAACCACUCUCCUGGAAGUUUCCAGAAGAUCCAGUGGAUCCACCGAGUAAGCCUCCUGUCAAGUUUGAACGGCGGCAGCCAGGGACAACCAACCGUGUGGCUGUGAGGUGUGGGGAAAAUAGGGUCCAGGUGGAAGUGAGCCAGGACCUGUUUGGCCUCGGGAAGCUGAUAAAGCCAGAGGAAAUCGCGCUCGGUGGUUGUUCAGCCACUGAGAUUGACAGCUUGUCUCAUGUGCUGGUGUUUGAAUGUGAGCUGCACAGCUGUGGCAGUACACUCGUGAUGACAGAGCAUGCGUUCAUCUAUGCCUUCACACUGCUCUACAACCCCAAAGAGUCUGGCAGGAGGCCCAUCAUAAGGAGCCAGAGUGCUGUCAUCGGAGUGGAGUGCCACUACCCAAGGCAGCACAGAGUGAGCAGCGGUCUUCUGUAUCCUGCCUGGAUGUCCUACAGAGACACUGAGGUGGCUGAGGAGCAGCUGCACUUCUCUCUGCAGCUCAUGACCGAUGACUGGAAGUUUGAAAGAAACUCCAGCAAGUACGGCAUCAGAGACCUCAUCAACAUGCAGGCGUCACUCGCGCAGUCCAGUCAUACACCUGUCAGAGUGCUGGUGGACAGCUGUGUGGCUACCAUGAGGCCAGACUCCACUUCCGAACCAAGUCACGCUUUCAUAAAGAACCAUGGGUGUCUGGGUGAUGGACACCGGUCCAGGUCCAGGUCCAGGUUCAUGCCUCAGUCUCAGCCUGAUAAGCUUCAGUUUCAGGUGGAGGCCCUCAGCUUACGUCUGCUGAAGACGAUUUAUAUCACGUGCCAGUUGAAGGCCAUCCCAGCUUCAUCUGCAGUGACCAUUGAGCACAAGGCCUGCUCGUUCCACAAGCGGUGGAGGGCAGUUGGUGGCGAGGACCGUUUUUGUGCCUGUUGUGAGUCUAGUUGUGGAAUGAGGAAGGUUCGAGACCUGGAUAGAGAUACAGUGCCAUCUUGGAUGAAACUGGCUCUCAUGAGGACCGCCAAAGAAAAGGAAGACCAAGAUUUACCUCUGCUGCUGAUGAACUACCUGUGA